UUGUGAAGUUUACUUCUUAUCAGCUGUAAAAUUAGCAGACAAGUUUGGCUUGAGGUUCUUUGUAUUUGGUUUGCUGUUGUUUGGGGGAUAAUAUCUUCUAGCAAAACAUAAAAGGUUUUCUUUAUGACUUUUUUAUUUUAUAUAUACAUAACAUUAUGGUUGUUUUUCUUUCUAUCUUUUCUCUGUUUCUUUAUUUGUUUUUUAAUUUGAGCGUAGUUAUCUGGUUUUAUCUUCAACCAGAAGUUCCCAUAAUAUUGUUGGAAAGUUUGAAAAUUCGUAUGUUUUUUUACUUAAUCUGGUUUAGAUGUUCUUGUUGUGAAAACAGCUUAAACAUGGCUUCCGUAUCUUAUAUUUAUACUUUCCUAAAAUCCAAUUUUAGUGUAAAAUAUUUUUCUUUUCGCGCUUUUCAUAUUUUUGAAAUGCAUGUGAAGUGGUGGAGACUCAACAUGACUCAAUUUUUAUUUAUCGUGUUUUAUUUUAUAGUAUAAGUUGUAAUAAAUACAAAGGAAUCUAUAAUAAAUUGGAAUGCCUAUUCGGAGAGGACAUUUGGCUCCUCAGAAUACCUUCAUUGAAACUGUAAUCAGGAAGUUUGAUGGUUUUCCUGGUAGAAACUUUGUCAUUGGAAAUGCUCUAUCAGAGGGUAAUCCGAUUAUAUAUUGCAAUUCCAGCUUUUGUGAGCUGACAGGCUAUGAAAGGCACGAGCUCGUGCAAAGAAAUUGUUCGUGCAACUUUUUAUAUGGUCCCGAGACAGAUGAGCAGGCUCAAAGAAAGCUUCAGGAUGCACUGAGGGAUAAUGAAGAACACCAUAUUGAAACUUACUAUUACAGAAAGGAUGGCGAGAAGUUUCUGUGUUCGGUGAUCGUUGCACCAAUCAAAAACGAGCAAGGUAAUGUUAUCAUGUAUAUUGUGAAUCAUGAAGAAAUAAGACAAGAUGAUAAUAUAUCCAAUGGUGAAGAAGAAAGAGGUUUGCCUAAGCGAAAGAUAUCUACUAUGCUCCGCAAUUCGAUACGACGCAAAAAAAGUAUAGCCAAAAAAAAUUCAGAUUCAAAUUUUAAUAGGUUUGCAAAAGAGGAGAACGAUGAAAGCAUAUCAUUGGCUGAUUUUUCAAAACCAAACAAUAAUUGCAAACAUCCCACGAAAUCACCAACUCCGCCUCGCAACUCGGCAGACACGCCCGAAAUAUUUAUAAGCGUAACAAAUCACACUCCAACGGAGAGUCCCAGCGAUAGUCAGAUUCUCCGCAACGGUGAUAUACGCCGUGAUUUUUCAUCAAGUUUAACGGAUCUACGAUCGAGCCCGGAAGAGUUUGAUCGUUUACUAUUACCUGAUUCACAGAACAUGCGUUUGUGUUCUUCAGAAGGAAAUGUAGCCACAAUGAAGACUGAAUUAUCAUCCAAUCCCUGUUUAGAGAGGUCGUGCAGUCAAAGCAGAAUCAUUGGAGCGAAACCACCAUUAGUGUCAGCCGGAACUACACAAAAAGUGGCACAGGUGAUGUCUCUAGGGUCCGAUGUUUUACCUGAAUACAAGGUCGAAUCGCCGAAAAUACAUCCGUGGACAAUCUUGCAUUAUUCGCCGUUUAAAGCCAUCUGGGAUUGGGUAGUGUUAUUCCUCGUGAUGUACACAGCCAUUAUAACGCCUUAUAUGGCAGCAUUCGUUCUAACACGCGAUACAAAACGAGAGGCGUUAAACGAGAAUCCAGAAACACGUGUAAAUCACGGACCGAUUUCUAUAGCCGACGAUCCGUUGGUCAUCGUUGAUUAUAUUGUUGACGUUAUGUUUAUUAUCGACAUUUUCAUCAAUUUCCGUACGACGUUUGUUGAUUCAAACGACGAAGUGGUCAGUGAUCCGUGUCGAGUUGCUGUUAAUUAUAUGAAAGGUUGGUUCGUCGUCGACUUGUUAGCCGCCAUUCCGUUUGAAUUGCUCAUAAUGAUUGGCAACACGGACCAAACCACAACCUUGAUUGGUUUGCUAAAAACCGCUCGCUUAUUACGAUUGGUCCGUGUAGCACGCAAACUUGACCGAUAUUCCGAAUAUGGUACGGCACUGUUACUGCUACUUAUGUUCGGCUUCGCAUUGGUCGCUCACUGGCUAGCAUGUAUGUGGUACGCGAUUGGAAACUUUGAACGCCCGGGGGAGAAUUCUUUAGGCUGGCUAACUCAGCUUGGGGAUGCCACUCACAUGCCGUAUAAUGAUUCCAUACCGGACAGUGGACCGGACUUGCAAACUAAAUAUUUAACGGCGUUGUAUUUUACACUCAGCAGUUUAACAAGCGUUGGUUUUGGAAAUGUUUCAGCUAAUACAAAUGGCGAAAAAGUAUUCACCAUUUUGAUCAUGUUUUUAGGAGCUUUAAUGCAUGCUGUGAUUUUUGGUAACGUGACGGCGAUUAUACAACGUCUAUAUUCUGGCAUGGCGCAUUAUCAUGCGACGAUGAGGAAAGUUCGAGAAUUUAUUCGUUUCUAUCAAAUACCGUCACCACUUCGACAGCGAUUAGAAGAUUAUUCUCAAUAUGAUUACUCCUAUACAAACGGUAUCGACAUGAACGAGGUAUUACGAAAUUUUCCUGAAGGUCUUCAAGCUGAUAUAUGUUUGCAUCUGAAUCGACAUUUAUUAUCUAGCAAUCCGGCCUUCCGUGGCACCAGUCCGGGUUGUUUGCGCUCCUUAUCGCUGAAGAUACUUACAACUCACUGUCCUCCCGGUGAUUAUAUUAUACAUACCGGUGAUGAGAUCUCGAAUUUAUAUUGGAUUGGUAGAGGAACUGUCGAAAUCAUUCUUAAUGAGACAAUCAUAGCUAUAUUAGGUAAAGGAGACUCGUUUGGUGAAAACUUUGGAUUCACUGCUGUUCGUGUGACUGGGAAAGCGAGAGCAAGUGUUCGAGCGUUGACAUAUUGCGACUUGCAUUCCAUAUCACGCGACAAUCUACUUUACAUCAUGAGAGCAUAUCCUGAAUUUCGCAAAACCUUUAACGAGGAAAUGCAAAUCACGUUCGACUUGAGAGAUUUAGAGCUUGAAGAACGAGAUAUGAACACUUCUAUGCCAAAUGUCGCAGCGCAUCAAAGUGUGUCUUCUGAGCACAUAUCCACCAGUCGUUCAUCAUUUCGUGAACAACGAUUAAAUAGUCAGAGAAAGAAGAGUAUACUAGACUCUGUAAACGAGUGUAACACUCCGACCACGCCCAACGUGACAAGGAACCCUUCUAGUACCCAUUCUCCUUGUAACUGUGAAGAACUUAAGAAAGAUAUUGAUGAUAUGAGACAACAAUUACACAGGCUCGAAUCUUCUAUGAAGGAUGAUAUUAAAUUGAUUUUAGGUAUAUUACGAACAAAACAAAAUAAUAAUUAUAACCCACCAAGUUUACAAGUGAACGUAGAUACGAAGGUAUAGUUGUUGUUUAAGUACCCAUUUCAGUAUGAGGGCUCUUUUGCGUGAGUCCUGUGAAAGAUUGCAGUUUAUAAGAUGCACAAUUAUGCUUUGUACUGGGUACGAACUUGGUUUUUAUUUCACACAAUUUGGGAUAUAUUUAUAUUCUCCAUUUUUUAGAGAAUUGUAUUUAGUUAAUUUAUUUGUUUCUUGUGAAUAAAAUAUUUAUACAA